AUGACUAGCACGAGUGGAUGGACCUUCAAGGAAAGCCUGGCAAAGACGCAUAUAGACUGCUUUUUUGACAAGAUCUCUGAUAUUAUCCCGGUACUGGAUGAUCCAGCUUUCCAGUCUGCCUACUAUCGGUUUUCGAACCCUGGGAAUGCAUCACUUUCCGAAUCACAGAACCCUCGAUCCCGUCAACGCCAGUGUCUCAUCUAUUCUGUUCUAGCCUUGGGUGCUCUUUACUCAGAGACUGACCGCAGCGGUCCAGAGUGGGCUACCAAAUAUUUUGCCAAGGCGCAGGGUCUUCUAGCAUAUAACUACCUAGGAAUCGCGAUUCGAAUGGCCUAUUCCAUUGGAAUCAACGACAACAUCAAUCCACCCGAGCGGCCUUUCAUUGAUCGCGAAGCGGCAUUCAGAACCUGGUGGACUAUUUAUAGCCUGGAAUCGGAUCUAUGUCUUGAGUACGGGAGACCGCUCAGUAUUCGCGAGACCGAUGCCAAAGCGUCUUAUCCUCUAGAAAAUCCAGAUCCCAAGGCAGAAAUGGCCAGUAAGGUCACAUUCAUCGUCGUAAUGGCCAAAUUCGCGAGAAUCGCUCGCAAAGUCAUCGACUUGGCAUCGAAUAUUAGCGAGAGGACAGCUGCCCUACAGUCCUUUGUGGGCCGAAUGAUGAACCUCCAAGCUGAACUCAUGACUUGGAGAGGAGAGCUUCCUGCACAUUUAGCUCCCAAAGAUACUACAACCGCCGAAGGCUUCCAAGCGCGGGGCCAGGUCUCUUGGGUGCAGCAUCAGUGCUGUGAUAUUGAACUAAGGUUCAAUCAUGUGAUGCUCGUCAUGCACCGACCUUUCUUUGCAUAUGCAAGCUUCUCCACGCCAUUCUACUCGUCUGCCAUGGCCAAGGGUGUCUGUAUCGGUGCUGCCCGUGAAACCAUUCUGCUUGUUCACAAAUUACUGGAGUACCCCGAAAAUCAGUGGACAUGCUACUCUCAUCGAGUCCUCGCUGCCAUGCUUGUGGUCAUCACAAGUAUUUUUGACAGCUCCGGAGAAGAAAGAGCUACCUUGUUGGAACUAUGUUCCAAGAGCCUGGAGAUAUUUCGACGCAUGCGUUCCGGUUGUCCAGCUAAACCAGUCGCUUUGGUUGAGGAUGUGUUGACCCAAUUAUCGCCCGGAAUGUGGCAGGCAGAAGCACUGGUGGAGACCUGA